CACAGACUCCACACAGGCACACACUCCUCAGACAGGAAGCUGAGCAGUACUAGGUCAAAAUGACAGAACGCUACGACUGCCACUACUGCAAAGAGUCCCUGUUUGGGAAGAAGUAUGUUCUGCGAGAGGAAAAUCCCUACUGUGUGAAAUGUUAUGAAAGCCUGUACUCCAACACCUGUGAGGAGUGCAAGAAGCCUAUUGGCUGUAACACCAGGGAUCUUUCCUACAAGGACCGUCACUGGCAUGAGGAAUGCUUUAAGUGCUUCCAGUGCAAGCGCUCCCUGGUGGACAAGCCCUUCUCUACCAAGGACGAGCAGCUCCUUUGCACUGAGUGCUACUCCAACGAGUAUUCCUCCAAGUGCCAUGAGUGCAAGAAAACCAUCAUGCCAGGCUCCAGGAAGAUGGAGCACAAGGGGAACAGCUGGCACGAGACCUGUUUCACCUGCAAGCGAUGCCAGCAGCCUAUUGGCACCAAGAGCUUCAUCCCCAAGGACAACCAGAACUUCUGUGUGCCCUGCUAUGAGAAGCAGUUUGCCAUGCAGUGUGUGCACUGCAAGAAGCCCAUCACCACUGGCGGGGUGACCUACCGUGACCAGCCCUGGCACAAGGACUGCUUCCUUUGCACUAGCUGCAAGCAGCAGCUGUCUGGACAGAGGUUUACCUCCAGAGACGACUUUGCCUACUGCCUCAACUGCUUCUGCAACCUUUAUGCUAAGAAGUGUGCCUCGUGCACCACCCCCAUUAGCGGUCUUGGGGGCAGCAAGUAUAUCUCCUUUGAGGAGCGUCAGUGGCACAAUGACUGCUUCAACUGUAAGAAGUGCUCCGUGUCCCUGGUUGGCCGUGGCUUUCUCACCGAACGCGACGAUAUCCUGUGCCCAGAGUGCGGCAAAGACAUCUAAUUCGGCCCGAGUGAUGACCGUUACAUCUGACGGGAUGACCGCGUUAUGAUCAGGGAAUGAUGCAGAGUUGAUAAAUUCUAUUUGAGCACAGUGCAUAACAUCUAUAACAUCGUUACUACAAAGCAAUACUAUGAAUGUACAUGAAAUACAAGCUACUAACAGUGUUCUUUGAGAUAAGAGAGUUCAUUUAAGUUAAAUGUUCACUAUUUGAGGAGAAAAAAAAAGUAAUUACUAAUCAAUAAAUGUAGGCAUGAAUCUGCUGUAAUGUGCUCAUGAAGAGAAAAUGUUUCCAAGUAGAUACUGUAUGAAGGAUUCUGAGGAAAAUCUACAAUAUUACUGCACACUAUCGGCUUUGCAGAAUAAUAGUAAUUACUGCUUUGUGCAUAUAAUUAGAGUUUUUGUGACGUUUAACCACUUAAAUAUUAAAAAUGCAUAUUUAUUCGUAUAAAGGAAUAAAUAUGAAUACAUUGCAUGAAAGAUGAAAAAUAUAAAUAAAUAAAUUUUGCAUGAAAUAA